AUGGAUCUCGUCGUCGGCGCCUCAAACAACGCCGUGAAAUCGCUGGUGAACAAGCUCGGGAGCCUCCUCGCGCAGGAGUACACCCUGAUCCGUGGCGUCCGUGAUGACAUCCAGUACAUCACCGACGAGCUGGCCAGCAUGCAGGCCUUCCUCAACAAGAUUAAGCGGGUGGGCGACCAUGACGAGCAGCGCCUGGACUGGAUGAAGCAGGUCCGGGAGGUGUCCUACGACAUCGAGGACUGUGUGGACGACGUCGACCACCGCCUCAGCAGCGAGCCCCGUGGGAGCGGAGCGCUGGUGUAUCUCCGGAAGAAGUGGUAUCUGCUCACCACGCUGUACGCGCGCCACUGCAUCGCCACGGAGAUCGGCAACCUCAAGGCCCGGGCGCAGCACGUCAGCGAGCGGCGCACCAGGUACGGCGUGGAGAACACGGGAAACGUCGAAAACACGGGAGCCAAUGAUCCCCAAGACCGUCUAGUGCCUCCUCCCCAGCUCUUCGGCACCAAGGAGCCGGUGGGCUUGGAGGAUGCCAUGAAGGAGCUAGAGCCAUGGUUCUCCAAUGGGAGCCAGCAAAGCACCGGUAAUCAGCUCAGAUUCCUUGCCAUUUUUGGGUCUGGUGGCCUAGGCAAGACCACUCUUGCCAUGGCGCUUUACCGCAAGUUCGGAGACGAUUUCGGUUGCAGAGCAUCCGUGCUUGCCUCCCAGAAGUUCAAUCUCCGAACAGUUUUGGGAAGGCUUAUAAAGACAUUCCAAGAGCAGCAGUCCGGUGCAUCAAUGGAAGAGAUCGAGGAAACUGACAAAUUGGGAGAAGAGGAUCUUAAAAGUAAACUGGACAAUCUACUAAAGAAGAAGAGAAAUGGCCGUUCCUACGAGCACAAGCCACUCCUUGAAGAAAGUUCCUACAACCUGUUUCUUGAAACAAUCUCUGGUGCUGUUAUUGAUGAUCUUUGUAUUACAAGACCCAUUAAUAGUCCGAUGAUCAUGAAAGCGUGCAGAGGUCUGCCAUUAGCCAUCAUCGUAGUAGCAGGUCUUAUGGCUAGUAAACUGAAGGAAAACCAAGAGUCAAACCUGGACAGCCUGUUGGAAAAGGUUGACAAAGAACUAAGUGCAGUUCAUGCAGUUCUGGGGAACAAUCUCACUACGGAAGGAGUGACACGGAUACUUGACCAAUGCUACAAAGAUUUGCCAGCUGAUCUGAAAACGUGCUUGCUGUACUUGAGCAUGUUUCCCAAGGGUUGCUUGAUCAAUAGAAAGUGCCUCCUCAGAAGAUGGAUAGCCGAAGGGUUCGUUGUCGAGAAGGACAGGAAGACCGUCGAGGAAGUUGCUGAGCACUGUUUCAGUGAACUCAUUGACAGGAACUUGGUCCGUCCGGUCAACAACAGCAGCAACGGCAAGGUGAAGAGCUGUCAGAUUCAUGACAUGGUUCUGGAGUACAUUGUUGCCAAGUCAAGCGACGAGAAUUUCAUCACUGUGUUUGGUGGUCACUGGCAAACGCCAUUUCCGAGCUACAAGGUGCGUCGUCUGUCCGUUCAGAGGAGUGAUGGGAAAGAGAGUGAAAAGGUAGGGAGGAUGAGACUGUCCCACGUCAGAUCCUUAACGGCACUAGGGAGUUUGAGAGCGCUUCAUUCUACUUUGCACAAGUUUCAGAUACUGCAGGUGCUAGAUCUUGAAGGCUGCAAGGAUUUGUCAUACAAGCAACUCAAGAAAAUAUGUAAAAUGCACCAGCUGAAGUACCUGAGCUUACGCCAGACGGACGUAAAGGAGGUCCCGACCAAAAUUGGCCGGCUGGAAUCUCUCGAAGUACUUGACAUAAGGGAGACGAGCAUCACAAAAUUGUCUGAGUCAGUUGAUAAGCUUCAGAGAAUGGAGCACCUACUUGCUGGCAAUAAGAACAAGCGGCAUGCAUUGAAAUUAACUGAAGCAAUCACAAAGAUGACGGCUUUACAGACACUAUCUGGGGUUGAGAUCUGUACUGAUUUAGCAACUGAAGUGCUUAGAGACUUGCAGAAACUUACCAACCUGAGGAAAUUCACCAUUUAUAAGGUUAGUUGUACCUCGAGCAAUUUUGAGUUAUUGCUGUCUGCCAUUGAGCAUCUGAGCAGUUGCUCCCUCAAGUAUCUUGCAAUUGAUGAUGAUUUCACUGGAUUCCUUGACACCUCACUGAAUGCUUCACAAGCCCCACCAGAGCACCUGCACACCCUUGGGCUCUCUGGCAAGUUGUCUCAAGUGCCCGAGUGGAUUGUCAGUCUGCACAAUCUUGAGAAGCUAACCUUGUCGUUAACUUCACUCACGACGGAUGCUCUGGUGGUUCUUGCCAUGCUGCCCGAGCUGUUUUCUCUCAUUUUCUCACUCGACUCAACCAGGAACAAUGCAACACCUGUGCUGCCACCUCUGAGCUUCCUGGAAGGGGCAAUGCCGGUGCUUCAGAGGAUUGAGCUAAGGUUCAUAAUGGUGGAGGGUGUCUAUGACCUGGAAAAUCUUUCAAGUAUCCAACAGGUAGUGCUUACUGUCAGCAGUCAGGCGCCUAAAGAUGCCAAGGAAAAGGCACACCAAGUCAAGGAACUAGCAAGCAAGAUUCAUGGGAAGAGUAAUGCUCUCAGUGUGGUUCUCGAUGAGUACAACGAAUCAACAGAACCGAAGUAG